AUGCGCAAUAUAAAAUAAUUCAAUUUUGAAGACGGUUACAGUUUACAUUGUUUACAGAAAUAUUUUUUAGUAAUAAUGGAACUAUAAUUAAGGUUAAAAUUAUAGAUAGAAGGGAGUGAAUGCCGAUUUUGUCUGAUGAUUGAAUAUUUCACACUAUUGCCAAAAAUAAUAACCUACUUUCAGAUACUUCCUUAUUUUUGCAAUAAAAUAACUCCUCAUACACAAAAUGUAUAUUAAGAGCAUUGUUUUAGACGGUUUCAAAUCGUAUGGCCAAAGAACUGAAAUUACUGGAUUUGAUGACCAAUUUACAGCUAUAACUGGUCUCAACGGAAGUGGAAAAUCCAACAUUUUAGAUGCUAUUUGUUUUGUUUUGGGAAUUACUAACUUGACUCAUGUCAGAGCAGCAAAUCUACAAGAUCUUAUUUACAAAAGUGGACAAGCAGGAGUUAAUAAAGCAACCGUGUCAAUUACUUUUGAUAAUAGUAAUCCUGCACAGCAACCCCCAGGUUUUGAGAAUUUCAAAGAAAUCACAGUGACAAGACAAAUUAUUUUGGGUGGAAAAAAUAAAUAUCUCAUCAAUGGUUCUAAUGUAACAAACAAAAGAGUUCAGGAUCUUUUCUGUUCUAUUCAACUUAAUGUUAAUAACCCACAUUUCUUAAUUAUGCAAGGAAAAAUUACAAAAGUUCUUAACAUGAAGCCUCCAGAGAUUUUAGCAAUGUUAGAAGAAGCAGCAGGUACAAGAAUGUAUGAAGUCAAAAGACAGGUUGCUCUUAAGACUGUUGAAAAAAAAGAUGCAAAGCUCAAAGAAAUUAAAGGAGUUUAUACAGAAGAAAUCAUGCCCAAAUUGAAUAAACUCAAAGAAGAGAGAGCUCAGUUUUUAGAAUUCCAAAGAAUGGAAAGAGAACUACAAUAUAUGCUAGGUGUUUACAAAGGCUGGCAAUAUCAUGUAUCAAUUAGAUCAACCAAGAAAGCAGAAGAAGCAUUGGAAGUUGCUAAAAAUAAGAUUGAAGCUAUUGAACAAGAAAUAGAGGCCAAUAAAAAUAAUGCACAAGAGUUAGAGGAACACAUCAAAGAUUUAAUGCAAACUAAUCAAUCGGAAGCAUCAGACAGAUUAAAAGCACUUGAAACUGAAUUGAAAGAAAAACUAGCAAUUGAAGCUAAAGCAAAAGCAUCAGCAAAAGGACUAAGUACUGAUAUUGCAAAUGAGGAGAAAAAGAAGAAAGCACUUGAAACAAAUCUAAAUGAUGAUACUAAAGCACUAGUAUCUAAAGAAAAUGAAUUAAGUAAAGUACAAUCUCUUUUCGAAACCUUGAAAGAAAAUGAAGCAAGGGACAAGGAAGAUUUAUCAGUAGCACAGAAAAAAUAUGAAGCUCUAGCUGCAGGUAUGGAAGUUAACGAAGAGGGAAAAACCCAAUCCCUACAGGAACAACUAAUGACAGCCAAACAAGAAGCGGCAGAGGCCAAUACAGAACGAAAACAAGCAAGCAUGGAAUUGAGUUUUUGUCAAAAUUCACUCAAAGAAAAGAAGAAAACACUCGGAAACAAUGCUUCUGAUUACCAAAAGGAUAAAGUUAAUCUUGAUAGAAUCGUAAAGGAGUGUUCAACGAUUGAACAUGCUUUAGAAAAAAUCAACUAUUCAGAGGAAACCAUGCAGCACUGGAACAGUAGAAGAUCUGAAGUGAAAAAAGAAAUCCAUAGGAUACGAGAACGAUUAGAUAAUUUUGAGGCUCAUAGACCAUACUCCCAGUUCAAAUACAGAGAUCCCGAGACAAAUUUCAACAGAAACAGAGUAAAUGGUGUAGUAUGUCGGCUCAUCCAGGUUACUGAUCCAAAAGCAUGCACCGCUUUAGAGACAGCUGCCGGAGGAAGGUUAUAUAAUGUGGUUGUAGACACUGAUACAACAAGUAAGCUUUUAUUACAAAGAGGCAAUUUACAAUCCAGAACCACAUUCAUACCUUUGAAUAAAAUACAAUCUCAUGCUAUGGAUCAGAGAACGAUAAAAUUGGCACAAAAUAUGUUUGGAGAAGAGAAUGUCCAACCUGCUCUGUCGCUUAUAAACUAUGACAAACGAUUGAGGCCAGCAAUGGAGUUUAUCUUUGGAAAUGUAUUCAUAUGUAAAGAUAUGGACAUAGCUAGGCAGGUUACUUUUCACGAUCAAAUCAGAAAAAAGUGUGUCACUUUAGACGGUGAUGUAACGGAUCCUUCAGGUACUCUUAGUGGAGGAGCUAGACAAAGAGGAGGAUCUGUUCUUCUGGAGUUGAAAGAUAUCAAAAACUUGGAGAAUCAACUAGUACAACUAGAACAAGAGCUCCAACAGAUUGAACAUGAAAGUAGACAAAUGACUAAUUGUCAAACUCAAUAUAAUCAACUAAAGCAGAAGUUUGAAUUCAAACAACAUGAGCUAAGACUUAUUGAACAAAGAUUGCAACAAACGGAACAUCACCGUCAACAGGAAGAAGUGAAUAACCUCAUUAAACAAAUGGAGGACUUGGUUGAAAAAGAGAAAACCUGUAAAGAAAUUGAACAGAAAUGUAAUCAAAAAGCGAAGGAAUUAGAACUGAAAAUGAGGGAUAUCAAAGGAUACAGGGAUAAACAGCUGAAAGAUGCAGAAAUGGAAAUGCAAAGGGCAAAACAAAAGGCUGAUAAAAGUCAAAAAGAAUGGGAGAAACAUGAAGAUCAGUAUCAAACACUAACAUUGGAAAUUUCCGAAUUAAAAAAGGCAAUAGAGAAUACCAACAGUCAACUGCAAUUGGCCAUUGAAACUAUUCAGCAAUUGCAGCAAACUGCUCAAGAUUCCAGUGAAAAUUUCGAAACCAUUAAAAGUGUUGUUAAAAAUUUAAAUGAACGUGUUACUCAAGAGAAAACUGCAAUCGCAGCACAAAAUAAAGAAAUAGAAAAAAAGGUUUCACAAAAGGAGAAAAUUCUGGAACGCAAUAACGAGCUGCUUUUGGACAUAAAAAAAAUCAAUCAUGAAACGAAAAAGCUCGAUGAUGAACUUCGAAAUUGCCAAGGAAGGGAAGCAGAUUUAUCCAAGAAGUUGACAAAUGAAAAACAGUAUUUAGAAGAAGGAUCUAAGUUAAGUGACAAAGAAGGACAACAUUUAGAAAGGAGAAUAAGAGAGAUGCAAGAAACAAGAAAUAAAAUUGGCCGAAGAGUUAACACAAAAGCACAGACUAUGUUUGAGCAGGAAGAAAAACAGUACAAUGAAAUGAGAAAGAAGCAACACAUGGUAGAAAAUGACAAGAAAAAAUUGAUCAUGGUGAUGGAAGAUUUAGACAGGAAGAAAAAAGAAUCUCUCAAAUUAGCUUUUGAUCAGGUGUCCAAAGACUUUGGGUCAAUUUUCAAUACGUUACUUCCUGGUGCUAAUGCAAAACUGGCCGCUCCAUUCGGUUCGACUAUUUUGGAAGGAGUCGAGGUUAAGGUAUCUUUAGGUGGAGUAUGGAAAGAAAGCUUAACAGAACUUAGUGGUGGUCAAAGAUCUCUUGCAGCGCUUUCAUUGAUAUUGGCCAUGUUACUUUUCAAACCAGCACCACUGUAUAUAUUAGACGAAGUUGAUGCUGCCUUGGAUCUAUCCCAUACACAAAAUAUAGGAAAUAUGCUGAAAGCCCAUUUCAAAAAAUCACAGUUCAUCAUUGUGUCACUGAAGGACGGUAUGUUUAAUAAUGCCAAUGUUCUGUUCCGAACAAAGUUCGUAGAUGGGGUAUCAACUGUUCAAAGGACUACUAAUAAAUCUUGAAUUUAUUGCUAUUGUUAUAAAUAUAUCUUUUUCAACAGAAUAAAAAUAAAUCCUAAUUUUA